UCCUGACUCGACCUGAGCAAAAUUGUUUCCCGCUUCGUGCAGGCAGAAUGGAGACAGGGGUGUUGGCAGAAGAGCUGACCUGUAGUGUGUGUCUGGGAUUGUUCCAGGACCCCGUGGCAUUGCCCUGCCAGCACAGUUUCUGUGCAAAAUGUAUCAACGAUGCCUGGGACCAUCCGGAGAUUCAGGGUGAAGUCAGCUGCCCUCAAUGCCGACAGACCUUCAGCCCCAGACCCAGCCUGGUGAAGAACCACACGCUGCAGAACAUCGUGGAGAAAUACAACACGCAACCGCCCGUCGCUGCCGCUUCUGCCCCGACGGCCCCCGUGAUGUGUGAGUACUGUAUUGACAAACCAACACCAGCCGUGAAGACCUGCCUCAAAUGUGAAACCUCCUUCUGUUCCCUCCACCUGCAACCGCACUUGACGAAGCAGAUUUACAAAGAGCACUGCUUGAUCGAGCCCACAGCCGACCUCACAAGGAGGCAGUGCCCAAGUCAUAGGAAGGCCCUCGAGUUCUACUGUGAGCAAGACGAGGUGUGUGUUUGCGUGUCCUGCACCAUCAUCGGGGAUCACAGGUCCCACAGUCUGAUCAGUCUGGAGCAGGCAAAGGACAAACUGAAGGAGAAAUUGAAGAAUAAUGUUGAGAAUAUUCAAACGAUUCAGAAAGAAUGGUCAUGUGAACAGGAAGAUCUGCAGCAAUCAGAAAUUGAAAUAAAGAGACACAGCAAGGAAAUGAAGGAAAAACUAUCGGCAGCUUUCUCCGAAUGGAGGAAGCAGUUGGAAGAUGAUGAGAAAUUGGCACUGAAGAUGAUCGAUGAAGAAGAGAACCGGGUACUCUCCCAGAUCAAGAGCUCCUCUGAUUCACUGUUGAAGAAAAUGGAAGAAAUUCAAAUAAUAGACAAGGAAGCCCAGGGUCAAGUGCAGGAGGAUCCUCUCUCCUUCAUUCAGGAUGUGAAGCAGCUUCUUUCGAGAUAUUCACAACUUCAACCUUUCCAGGCUACCAUCAAUAAACAGGAGAUAAAUGCUAGCACAGCACUUAGCUUCUCAUUCGGUUCACUGCAGACCAAGCAGAGCAGAUAUUCACAACUUCAACCUUUCCAGGCUACCAUCAAUAAACAGGAGAUAAGUGCUAGCACAGCACUUAGCUUCUCAUUCGGUUCACUGCAGACCAAGCAGAGCAGACAUUCACUAUUUCAUACUUUCCACCAGAAGGAAAAUGUUCAGAUGCCAUUUGAUAAUUCUUGCAUCGUACUCAGUCCACCGCCGAUGGAGCUGAACAGAGCUACAAAGCCACAGCGCAUAACCCUGAACGUGUCUGCUAUCAGGACUGCUAUGCAGAAUAAAUUUGAGGAAUACCAGAAGUACCAGACGACCAUAUUGCAGGCACUAGUGUGCUCUUAGAUGAUGAAUUAAUUUCGGAUGAAGAGGGAUUUCCUUAGAAAAUGGUCAUGGAGAAACCGCAUUACGACUGCAACUGAGUUUCUGUACCUUGGAUUCAAGAGAUUGAGCUGCAAGCCCCUUUUCUUUGUCUAUUGCUUUUCUUCAGAUUUUUGGAUGUAAUUAAGUAGGGUUUUUCACAAUAUUCUGAUGUGUCCAUUUGAAGCUGUAGUGAGGGUAAACAUCUCACAAUCAGAUUCAUAGUCAUACUCUAUUGAGUAAUCACUUAUUGCGUAGACUUGAUCAUCUCAAGUAGUGAAGGUCUUUGGUACGGGUUUCAGUGGGGUGGAGAUAUUAUUGAUGAUGGGUCUUCUUCAUUGGUCGGUCAAUCAGUAGGUUAUGGAUUCAAGUCCCAAUUGUAUUCAAGGAAAGAAUGCAUCAGAGUUUUAAAGAGGAGCAACAGGGUCCCUUCACUAGAAUGUAUCAUUGUCACAGUGAGCGCUGGCAACGACUAAACCCAGGUGCGGAGGAGCAACAGACUCUUAUGUAGAGACAGAAACAAGAGGUUAUGCUUAAGAAUUCCAACGGAACAUCAGUGGCACAACCGAGCAACACCGUGAGACAGAUUAUUCUCAACACCAGGACCCUGUGAUGAGUGCUAAUUGGGAGUCUACUUUAAAUAAUCACAGUAGGUAGAAAACCCAUUCCAGUAACAAUGACCUUGACAAGAUUAAACAGAAAGUGCAAGAGCUUAACGACUCUAGUUAAGACAACUAUUAGUGAAUACAGGUGCUUGAGAAAACUCAAAGCUGAACACUUCUUGGUUUCUCAAGCCCCGCUGCAGAGGCCCCCAGGGUUCGUGAUAAUCAUCUUGUUGAAAUGCUAUUUUUGUUUCUGAGAGCCUUCUGUGUACAGGGUGGGUGUGGCACUCUCCAUAUAAUAAUAGUGACCAAACUUGGAAAUUGCAUUACUGGAGGUAAAUGGUCAUGGAGUGGGAGGGGGAGAGGGAGAGGGGAAGGACAGUUAAAGAUGUUAAGAGUCUUAUACAAAGUACAGACAGGAAAAGGCAGGUUUUAAUUGUCACUUGUUCGAAAUUACUCACAUACAAAAUGCAAAAUGCUGGAGGAACCCAGCAGGUCAGGCAGCACCUGUGGUGAGGAAUAAACAGUUGAUGUUUGACUCUGCGAUGCUUUUAGCAAGAGUGGCAACUGUUCAUUCCACUCUGUAGAUGCUGCCUGACCUGCUGAGUUCCUUCAGCAUUUUGUCUUUAUUUCUCAAGAUUUCCAGCAUCUGCAAAAUCUCUCAUCUACCAUUAUCACUUUUAGACUUAAACUUUGAUUUCCUUCCAAAUUAAAGAGCAAGUAAUUUCUGUCUGAGUCUGAUUUGUUUUCUGUGUGUCCCUAUGCAACGAUAUGGUGAAUCUUGAUCUACAGCAGAAGUGACGUCAUACCACAGGGCCGUCAUAGACCAUCUCUGUACCCCACCUCAUGAUCAAUGUGGCAAGUGACUAGAAGGUCAGAUGCUUCCAUCCUUCUGGAGUCCUGCAGGGCAUGUGCCAGCCCUUUGACAGGGCCUGUUCUGCAGUGCACUGCAUUAUGGGAUGUUUACCCACCAUUGCUGUCUGGCUUGGCACAAAAUCCACAGCAAUUCAUUUGCAAUGGGAAAAUAUGAGGGUGAAAAUCAGGGACAAUGUGAAUUCUUUGCCCUGGGGAUCAGGGAAAGAGUGGAGCAAAUUCCAAUAGCAUUAUCAAAUAGAACAGCACAGGAACAGGCCCUUUGGCCCACAAAUAUGUUCAAAGUUUGAAAUAAAUUAUGAAAGUACAUAUCUGUCGCCAUAUUGGAAAUAAUUUGGACGAUGUGUAGCUCGGGUGGUUGAUAGUUGGUUUGUGGUGUUCUCUGAUCGUGGCAAUUUACUUGCAAAUGGUUUGUGACCAUAGGAGAAGACAUCAUCAGAGACCUUUUGAUUGUGGUGUGUUCUCUGAAUGCUUGGCCUUUAUUCUGUGAACAAACAUGUAGACUUCAAUCCUAAUUAUGAGCCCAUGCAGGCAAAUUUCCAGACCACAACGCACCAAGUUUGCCACACAGCCAGUCAGCGACGUGAUUUCCUCCCCACGUCACAACUGCAUUUCUGAAAUGACGUCCAAUCAGCUGAUUGAAAAGUAUAGGAAGGUCAGGCAUUCAGAGGACACAGCACAAUCAACAGCACACUGAUUACGUCUUCCCUCUUGGAGUCGAACCUUUGUGAGUAAAUUGGCAAGGUCGGAGAACAUCUCAGCCCAACCGUAUCAGCAUGUACUGUACUAUCCUGAGAUUCAUUUUGUUGCUGGCACCCACAACAGAGCAAAGAAAUGCAAUAGAAUGAAUGAAGAACUGAACACAAAGACUGACAAACAACCAACAUGCAAAAGAAGACAAAUAAUACUGAGUACAUGAGUACUGCAGUCCAUAGGUUGUGGGAUCAGUUCAGAGUUGUGUUGAGUGAAGUUAUCCUCACUGGUUCGGGAGUCUGAUGGUUGGGGGGUAAUACCUUUUCCUGAACCAGAUGGUGUGGGCACUGAAUCUUCUGUGCCUUCUUUCCAAUGGCAGCAGCGAGAAGAGAAGAGAGCAUGGCCUGAGGGUUCUUAAUGAUAGACGCUUCUUUCUUGUGGCAAAGCUACCUGCAAAUGUGCCCUGUGGUGGGAAGGGCAUUUCACCCCUUUUUGUUGGCUUUUCUAUUUUCGGCAUGUUUCCAUUGGCGUUGUGCUGAAUUAAUUAAACUAGAAAUUAAAUGUCUAACUAAACUAAUCCCUUCUGCCAACACAAUGCCCACAUCCCUUCAUUCCCUGCAUAUCUACAAGUCUCUUAAACACUUCAAUCUUAAUGCCUCCACUACCAGCUCUGGCAGCUCAUUCCACCACAGUUCUUGUAAAAAUACUUCUCUCCCCCCCCCCCCACCACCCUCUAAGCUGAAUAGGGGGUGCAUGGCCACACCAAUAACUGAAAUGCCCCUGCACACAUAGCCUUCACUGUUGCACAGCUGCAAUAAAGACGGAUGGGAAAAAGUUUUCAAAAUGUGAAAGAUUUUCUGUGUUGGACUGUAUU